GAAGCAGCUGGGGACCGAGUUCCUGGCUGUGGUGCACAAGGUGCUGGUGGAGGCCGGCAUCCCCCAAAAAACAUGGGCAGCAGAGGAUUGCCAGGAGGAAAUCCGAACUCAGCUGGUCGAACAGUUCAAAUGUCUGGAGCAGCAGUCGGAGUCGCGCCUGCAGCUGCUGCAGGACCUGCAGGAGUUCUUCCGCAGGAAGGCUGAGAUCGAGCUGGAGUACUCCAGGAGCCUGGAGAAACUGGCCGAGCGCUUCUCUUCCAAGAUACGCAGCUCCAGAGAGCACCAGUUCAAGAAAGAUCAGCACCUGCUUUCCCCUGUGAACUGCUGGUACCUGGUUCUGACACAGACCCGGCGAGAGAGCAGAGAUCACGCCACCCUGAAUGACAUCUUCAUGAACAAUGUCAUCGUCCGGCUGUCGCAGAUCAGCGAGGAUGUCAUCAGGCUCUUCAAAAAGAGUAAGGAGAUCGGCUUACAGAUGCAUGAAGAGCUCCUGAAAGUCACCAAUGAGCUUUACACGGUGAUGAAGACCUACCACAUGUAUCACGCAGAAAGCAUCAGCGCGGAGAGCAAGCUGAAGGAGGCGGAGAAGCAGGAGGAGAAGCAGUUCAACAAGUCAGGGGACAUCAGUGUGAACCUGCUGCGGCAUGAGGACAGGCCCCAGCGGCGGAGCUCUGUCAAGAAGAUCGAGAAGAUGAAGGAGAAGAGGCAAGCCAAAUACUCUGAAAACAAGCUGAAGUGUACGAAAGCCAGGAACGACUACCUGCUGACCCUGCCAGCCACCAACGCAGCUGUCAGUAAAUACUACAUCCACGAUGUCUCUGACCUCAUUGAUUGCUGUGACUUGGGAUUCCACGCCAGCCUCGCUCGGACCUUCAGGACCUACCUGUCUGCUGAGUACAACCUGGAAACCUCCCGCCACGAGGGCCUGGACAUCAUCGAGAAUGCAGUGGACAACUUGGAUGCCCGGAGUGACAAGCACACCAUCAUGGACAUGUGCAACCAGGUCUUCUGCCCUCCGCUGAAGUUCGAGUUCCAGCCUCACAUGGGGGACGAGGUGUGCCAGGUCAGCGCCCAGCAGCCUGUGCAGACCGAGUUGCUGAUGCGGUACCACCAGCUGCAGUCACGACUGGCCACCCUCAAGAUAGAGAACGAAGAGGUACGAAAAACUCUGGAUGCCACAAUGCAGACUUUGCAGGACAUGCUGACAGUGGAAGAUUUUGAUGUUUCAGAUGCCUUCCAGCAUAGUCGCUCCACUGAGUCGGUCAAAUCGGCUGCAUCAGAGACCUACAUGAGUAAAAUAAACAUCGCCAAGAGGAGAGCCAACCAGCAGGAAACCGAAAUGUUCUAUUUUACGAAAUUUAAAGAGUAUUUGAAUGGCAGUAACCUUAUCACGAAGCUCCAGGCUAAACAUGACUUGCUGAAACAGACUCUUGGAGAAGGUGAAAGAGCCGAAUGCGGAACAACCAGGCCCCCAUGUCUUCCCCCUAAGCCACAGAAAAUGAGGAGACCUAGGCCUCUCUCAGUCUAUAAUCAUAAACUCUUUAACGGCAAUAUGGAAACGUUCAUUAAGGAUUCAGGACAGGCUAUUCCGCUCGUAGUAGAAAGCUGCAUUCGUUACAUCAAUUUGUACGGCCUUCAGCAGCAGGGCAUUUUCAGGGUCCCUGGCUCCCAGGUGGAAGUCAACGACAUCAAGAAUUCCUUUGAGAGAGGUGAAGAUCCCCUUGCUGAUGACCAAAACGAACGUGACAUUAAUUCGGUGGCUGGAGUCUUGAAGCUGUAUUUCCGAGGACUGGAAAACCCCCUCUUUCCUAAGGAAAGGUUUCAAGAUCUGAUAUCUACUAUAA